ACCACCGUCGGUAUACCGUCGUCGUCGUAGUCCCACCGAGCGACUACCGACACCGCCGUCGCACAACCGCAGUAUCACGUCUAACGUCGCUCGCACUGCACACAACACAACGUUACUGUCGCUCACGUUUUUUAAUAAGUAAUUCAUAUCAAUCAUCGUACAUCGUACCUAACCCGUCGGUUUUGCACCCACAUAAUAUACAACGAUAGUUCUCGACGCGAAUCCGCCGAAAUCUUUAUUAUAACCAAUAUACAAAUAUUUUCAUUUCCUCGUCUGUUCACGCGUACACGCGUCGUCGGUGUAUUAUAAUACAUUGAUAUAAUCGCACGGUCAUGUCGUGACGGAAACUCGAUCCACUGUUGGCGACUUGCAUCAGGUGACAUGCGACACGGUGCCGGUGCAACAGUCACAGAAGCCGCGAUGCUGGUGCCGCAAGACAUGCUGUCCACCCACACUAAGAUGUCGUAUCAGCUGGGCAAGUUUUGGGCGGAACGGGUGAUGAUCCGGAAGACAGCCGCGGCGAAGACGAUCCGGGAGGUGUGCAAGGUGGUCCAGGACGUGCUUCGGGAGGUGGAGGCCCAGGAACCGCGAUUCAUAUCGUCGCUGGUCGAAUGCAACGGUCGGUACGAAGGCCUGGACGUGGUUUCACCCACUGAGUUCGAGAUCGUGCUCUAUUUGAACCAGAUGGGAGUGCUCAACUUCGUCGACGACGGAUCGCUGCCCGGAUGCGCGGUUCUCAAGCUUAGCGACGGCCGCAAGCGGAGCAUGAGCCUGUGGGUCGAGUUCAUCACGGCGUCCGGAUACCUGUCAGCCCGCAAAAUCCGGUCCCGAUUUCAGACGCUGGUAGCGCAAGCGUGCGACAAGUGCGCGUAUCGGGAUUCGGUCAAGAUGAUCGCUGACACCAGCGAAGUGAAACUCCGGAUCCGCGAGCGAUAUGUGGUGCAGAUCACGCCGUCGUUCAAGUGCGCGGGCAUAUGGCCUAGAUCGUCUGCACACUGGCCACUGCCGCAGAUCCCGUGGCCGCAUCCCAACCUGGUAGCUGAAGUCAAGACUGAAGGAUUUGACCUGCUGUCCAAGGAGUGCGUGACGCUCCACGGCAAGCAGUCGGCGCUGGAGGGCGACGCGUGGGUCAUGUCGUUCGUGGACGUCGAGAACCGACUCAUGUACGGUGGUUGUCGGAAACGGUGUUUAAGCGUGCUAAAAACGCUCAGGGACCGGCACCUGGAUCUUCCCGGGAACCCGGUCACCAAUUACCACGUUAAGACUUUGCUGCUGUACGAGUGCGAGAAACAUCCGCUUGAAAUAGAAUGGGACGAAUCGUGCUUGGGCGACCGCAUCAACGGCAUACUAUUGCAGCUCAUCUCGUGUCUUCAGUGCCGGCGGUGCCCGCACUACUUUUUGCCGCACGUCGACCUGUUUAAAGGCAAAGCACCCGGUAGUCUGGAGAACGCGGCCAAGCAGACGUGGAGGCUGACCAGGGAAUUGCUUACCAAUUCCAGGGCUUUUGACAAGCUGUGACCAGUGCCGCAACACACAUAUACGAUAUAUUAUUAAAAUAAAUACAAAGGACACUACUCUGCUAUAAAGAAUGCAUCGUGAUCGCGUCGUCAUCAUAAUAUAACUCCGCUGUCACCGCCAACGCAGGCGAGGUUUUUAUUACGUUUUGUUAUAUACGUCUUUUCAUAUUAUAUUUUUAUAUUAUUUAUUACAUUUUUUUCUGCCCUUGCACCUCGCGUUUCUCUACCGCGGAGAAAAAUUCAACCGAACUGUGUUUGGUAUGUAUUAUUAUAUUACUGUUUUUUUUUUUUAUUAUUAUACUGUACGUAUCGCAUACGCUCGGAUAAUAUAUACCACUAUAUGAUCCCCAUAAACUUAAUUUAGGAGCGUACGCCAUAUAAUUUGUCUUUAAAGAUAUACGAUAUGAUUUUGUUUUUUUAUUUUGUUUUUUGUUUAUUUUUAAAUUGUUUUUUAAAUAUUUAAACAGCACUUGUUGUCCGCCUCGGAAAACGGAAUAAUUUAUAUUAUUUUUUUCUGUGAGAUUCACAUACUAUAUAUACUAUUAUAUUGUUCUAAGCUAAGCCUACUACGUUCAAUAGAUACAUGUGUAAAUUUGUUAUUACUCGGCGCGUUUUGAUUAUUGCUGAUCAUAAGAGGCGAUUCAUCAAGUUUUCAGUAGUUUGUAUGCAAGUUUAAAUCGAUAGGUGGUACACUGCAGGUAUGAACAUUCGUUUAGUUAUUCUCAAUAAUAUACUUAUAUUAUAAUCUAUAGGUACAAUAUGUGUUCAAUUAUAUUAUUAUUUGAAAUUAAUUAUGUAUUAAAUAUAUCCCAUAAUAAUUAUAUUAUAAUGUAUGUAUAUGAGUAGCUAGUGGUCUCAACAAUAUAUAUCUGUACUAUUAUUUGAGUUAAGUUUUUAUAACUUAAUAACAUUUCACGAAUACCUAUAAUCGUGUAUUCAUAAUUUUGUAUAUUUUUUAUGACAUAAUUAACAUAUAAGUAAUCGGUGAAAAUAAUGUGCUUAUGU